AUGGUAGUAGCGUUCGCUCCGUAUUACCAUGCGUCCCCGGCGGCACGUUCCGUGACAUCAGAAAUUAUUCGAAGGCUUCCAAUGGACUAUUCCCAGUCUUUCUGGAUAGCUCAGCAGUCUACCGUUGUCGAACCAGUACUACCAUCGGGAUCGACGUUUGAACCGGUAAUUCCGGAAAUGUCAACAUUAGCUGGUUUUGGUUCAAUCGUGGUACUCUGCAUCCUUGCUUGCUACGUUUGGGCAAAUCAGGUCGUUCCCGUCUCCCGCACAAAUCUUGCGAUCUCCAAGAAAAAUGGGGAAGUCAGGAUGUAUCUGGACGAACUUCGAGACGGAGCCAGUAACACAACCGAGGCCAACGACGGAAGAGAAUUUGAGCGCUGGAUGUUUACUGAUUGGCUGGAAAAACCGGCGGGCAAAGGAGGGCGGCAAAAAGAACCAGCCAUACCGGUACUCAAGGAUGCCAAGUGGAACUCGGGCGAUAAUCCCGUACUAGCUGCAUCAGCUUUGAUUGGAGCGGGGGUAAUAUUCACCGCCUUGACGGAACGCGUAGUCUCUCUAAUUCCCUAA